AUGUCCAGAGGGCCGGAAGUAGCAUUAAGUAAGAAGAAAAUUACGUUCAAAAUAUGUAAAAACGUAUCGGAGCAAAGAAAAGAAACAAUAUGCAUAGUUAACAAGACCAGUGUCGACACUGCGUACCAAUGGCUUUUGCCUUAUGGCGGCCAAGGAUAUUUUCAAAUAUCAACCGGCAAUUGCGGCUUGAUUCGUGCUUAUGAAAACAUCACAACGACGAUCACCUUUACUGGUUUGGCUCUCGUUACGUUACCCGGCAACACGACUUACAAUGUCGAAGACCACACGUUCGAGAAAUAUUGGAAACGCAAGUGUCCGUCCUCAUAUCUAAUGGAGAACAGCUUAAACCGUCUGACAUACAUUCCAUCAGCUUCGGUCUUCGAGAGAUGCCUCGAUUUCGGAAUGGGCAGUGUAACAGACAUCAGCAUGAACAUAUCGCAGACACUAUGCGUCACUAACCAUGAACAAGUUGAAGGGUAUAUGCAGUGGAUUCAAGACCCUGAUAGUGUAUUCAUGGUGGAUCCGAUCGACGCAGUGAUACCCUCUAACGAAUCCAGGCUGUUUACGAUUCGUUUCAGACCAAAAGUGGAUAAUGAAGCAUACGGCUAUUUGCUCUGCGGUGACUACCAGCACAAACUCUUCAAUGAAAUGAGCUCCAAAGUUAAGUUUAAGCACAGUUGGUUUCGCAUACCAUGCAUCGGCAACACUUGGUCUGCAUGCACCGAAUGGCAAUCGGCUUGGGACUGUCCGAUAGAGGUCACUUUACCACCUACUGUGCCAGCAAGAACCACCUUCACCAACUUCAUGCUUUCAAACAAGCUUGAGAUACCAAUGUAUUUUAAAUUUGAAGCGCCGUUUAAAACAAACUUUGUGAUUUUACCUAUGUGCGGUACCGUACCAGGCCGAGGAUGGCAGAUUAUAUCGGUGGCCCUGGAACCGAUGUCUUUCGGGGAGUACUACGAAUCUUGGGACUUGUUCAUAAACAGAUCUCAUAAGGUUAUCCCGAAAACGGUGAAUCUUCACGACGUUGUGGUGGAUGAUACCAUGACAUAUAACUUCACGUUGUAUAAUUACGGCUCUUGCUUCUUUACGUCUAAGCUGUAUUACGAAAUUGACGGUAUGGGGGAUGACUUUCACGGAGACAAAAUUGAUAUUGAUCCAACAAUUAACAGUCUUAAACCAUCGAAUCACUGCGAGGUGACGAUGACUGUAUCACCGCACGGCGCGGGCCCGCGUCAGGUGGACCUGAAAUAUACGGUACUGUACCGUUCCGAAUACGGCGAGGUGGAGGAAAUACAGCCCGUGAGGAAAUCAAUUUGCGUCGUUUGGUACGACGGGAUUUACCCAACACUUAAGGUUAAGAGGACCAUUUCUGUUAAAUGUCCCAUCAUUUUGAGUGAUCACUGCUUAUGGAAUAUUGUAAAUGUGGGCGAAUUUAAUCGGGCCCUAAUGGAUGUCAGGCCAAAUAAACCAUUGAACGUGAACCUUCACGCUCCCGAUCUCUGUGUGAAGUCUGGUGAAAUAGAAUUUAUAUUUGUUCUUGGCUGCAUCUAUUCCGUGCCCGUGCCUUGGAGUCUGCGCAGAAAGAAGAUCUGCGACUGCGCUAUGGUUGAGCCCGAAAAUCCGAACUUGCUUUUCUUCAAUAUAAAAUACGGUUACGAAGGACUCAAUACUUUAUGCUUUACAAUGACAAUGCCAAAUCAUCGGACGCUCAACAUAUAUGUCAAUAUGUACGCACACCUCAGCUCCAAAGGCGUGCUGGUGCCAUUUCGAAGAUAUAGUGGUGAAGGUUAUUUAGCAGUCUUGGACUGUGGGCGGGUGCCGAUAAAUAAUUUGAAUCAUGUCAUACGGAUUGCUUGGCUUUACAAUCCAACUGAGGUUUUCACCACGUGGCGCUUGUUGCGCUCCAGCGCGACACCAGCGGACGCCACCAUACGAUGCCUCCAAUACUUCGCCGAGGUCUCGCCAUUGGACAAGUUGGCGAUACCAUUCGCGUUUCUUCCCACGCAGAUGAUCGAUUACGAGGCUACAUUUCUGUGUUCAUUCGGCUACGAUGUGGUGAGGAUAUUGGUGAAAGGGCAGGGCGGUUUGCCGAACUGUAUCGAGACUAGGCUCGAUGUGCCUAGUUACGUGGAGAGAAAUAUUCGUUCAGCGUACAGAAGUGACGUCAUUUACUUAUCCAAAGAUCACAUCACCUUACCAAUAAUGCCAACUCACUCACUCACGAGGGAAAUAAUAGCUAUCAAAAAUGAUACGGAAAGUUUAAUAAGGUUUAUAUGGCUGCCAGAGAGGGUCGCAAACAUAAUAAACAUAGUGAUGACUCCUUGGUGGGGAGUCAUACAGCCUAAAUCAACGGAAUGGAUAACAAUGACCGUGUACACCUUACAAGAACCGGCUACGUUCACUACCACAAUUUCGUGUGAAGUUCUCGACUUGACUGAACGCCGCCGUUACCAGCGCAAUGAACACUUGCGCAAAGCUAAAAUUGAACAAUGCAAUCAAGAGUUCAUCAUCACAGAGGAGGGGCUGUUUCAUCCGGGGAUCAAUGACAAUCCGCCAUACGUGUUGAAUAUCGCUAAACCACAGUCGUCGUAUUUGGCUAUGUCCGUUUCAAUUUCGUCAAAAGGCCAGCGUGACGGUUAUCCUAGGAUGCUAUUGAAACAAAUGUGGGAACAGACCCCGCCCUAUGAUUUGUUAUCUACUGAGAUAUAUAUACAAGAUGGCCAAUUAACUGGAAGUGGUAACAACAUGACGAUGGAUGACAUCAUCAGAAUCAUAGAAGGAAUACUAUGGGAGGCACUACACAGUAAACUAUUCAAAUAUCAAAUUCAACAUUAUUCAAAGGAGGAAAUACCUACUUAUGAACAUUUAGUCACAACAAUCGAAAGCGAAUCGAAACCCAAAUUCAGCAAAAGAAUCACCUCUGGAAUAUGCGACGCCAUUGUAAACAAAGCUGUAUUUAACGUUUACAGUUUAAAUUCUAAAUCAGCCGUUUCUAUCCUUGAAGCUGAA